UCAGCCAUUAAACUAAUGACAAGUAAAUCAUCCAUGUUUUCGAGGAAACUAAGAAGAUGUGACACUGUCAACAACAGAGAAGAAGACAGUCACUGAGUUAUGGAUCGAAUCGAACACAAGUUCGUCAACGUUGGAGAUCUCAAGCUCCACGUUGCUGAAAUAGGAAGCGGUGGAAACGCCGUUGUAUUCCUGCACGGUUUCCCGGAGAUAUGGUACUCGUGGCGGCACCAGAUGAUAGCCCUGGCCGAUGCCGGAUUCAGAGCUGUCUCCUUCGAUUACAGAGGCUAUGGUCUUUCCGACCCGCCGCCACCCGGUAAUAAGGCCACCUGGUUCGAUCUUCUCAAUGAUCUCCUUCAUAUUCUUGAUGCUCUUGCUCUUUCCAAGGUGUUUCUUGUAGGGAAAGAUUUUGGAGCUCGCCCUGCACAUUUUUUUUCCAUUCUACACCCUGAAAGGGUCUUAGGAGUUGUCACGUUAGGAGUUCCAUAUGUUCCCCCAGGCCCCUCUCUGUAUCACAAAUUCCUUCCUGAAGGCUUCUACAUUUUGAGAUGGAAGGAACCGGGAAGGGCAGAAGGUGAUUUUGGACGCUUUGAUGUAAAGACUGUUGUGCGAAAUAUUUACAUCCUCUUCUCAAGAAAUGAAAUACCAAUAGCUAAUGAAAACCAGGAGAUCAUGGAUUUGGUGGAACCUGAUACUCCUCUUCCCACUUGGUUCACAGAGGAAGAUCUUGCUACAUACGCGGCUUUGUAUGAGAAUUCUGGACUCCAAACUGCAUUGCAGAUUCCAUAUAGGUCAUUUGGUGAAGUGUUUAACUUACCAGAUCCUGUGGUUAGAGUUCCAGCACUUCUGAUAAUGGGUGGCAAGGAUUAUAUUCUGAAGUUUCCAGGGAUUGAGGAUUUAACAAAGGUUGAAAAAGCAAAAGAGCUUGUUCCCAAUUUGGAGGUUACAUUUAUCCCUGAGGGAACCCAUUUUGUUCAAGAACAGUUUCCCCAGCAGGUGAAUCAACUUAUCCUUGACUUCCUUGCCAAGCACAUUUGAUAUUGGACUUCACGAGUGGUGUAUGUGGAUUGUGGAAAAUUUAGCCAAAGUGCAAUAGCAAUACAAAAUGGUUGAUUGCUGAAUCUAAAAUGCCAAAUGAUGUGAAUCUUAAAUGAAUGAUGAUGACUGCAUUGAAUCCUCCAUAUUCUUCCUCAAGAGUUUGAAUCUUAAAUGGUGAUGGAGUUUUUCAAUUUGUUUUAGAGAGAAUGAAGUCUGACAACAACAAAACUGAUUUUAGUUUCCUUUGGGAAAUACGAUUAGCAUUCAUUGACAAUGCUUAGUUCUGCAAUCUCUUGCUCUGAUGUUGUGGUUUCACCGCCUAGUUAGCGUUGGAAACAUUGACUAAAAGUGCAACUUUAGUACUAUUAGUAUUAAUUAAUUGGUGUUUUUCUCCCACGAGCAUUUUUAAAGCUGAAAAAGAUCAAUGCUAUACUGAUGUCAAUGUUUAUUCCUUCAUUCCAAUUAUAUGUGCAGAAGUUCUAGAUAUCAAGGUGAACUUCUUCGUCCUUUGUAGCAUAGAAUGCUAUUUUAAUGUACAUUUUUUCUUCCUUCGA